UAGAUCUAUAGAGAAGUUUCUUCUCGUGAGAUGAGAAGCAUUGCUGUGUUUAAGCGUUUCUUCUCGAUUCGCGAACUCACAAACCAAUGGCAGCAUCGCCGCCCCAAGUGAAUCGCGAAUGGUCCGGCGCUCAAGAGAUUUCACUCUCUUUGGAUGUUGUAGCGGCUGCGAGAACUCACCUGGAGUUUCUAUCGGUGGUACACGCGAAUUACAAGCUUUUUGAGGAGCCUGCUUUAAACAGAGCGAUUGAGAGUUCUUCGUCAAGACUCCUUCCACCACUUGACUGCGAAUGGAUUUGGCACUGCCAUCGCUUGAAUCCAAUCCAAUAUGCCGAGGAUUGCCAAAGACUUUUUGGAAAAAUAGUGGACGCACCUUGCCUGGAGAAGUCCGAGAAUGCUCUUCAACAAAGUAUGGUUGCUUGGACUUCCAGCUUUCCAGAUGAACCGUAUGAACUCGACCUUUCUGGCGAAGAGAAAAUCUCUUUGACUAGACCAUCGUACUCCGGAAGAUCGAGUGGCAUCUCCUACAACUUGGCCGAUGCGGUUCUCAGGCAGAAAAAGUUUUACUAUCAGGUUUCCGGGCCGCACUACGUUGACGAGAACUUCUUACGCGCUGCGGUUGCUCGAUACAAGGCGUUUCUCCAUCUCGUCGUCCGACACACAUCCGCAGCAUCGGUGUUCUUAGUUCCCACUUACGACAUUGAUUUGAUAUGGCACACGCAUCAACUUCAUCCUAUGAGUUACAGCAGCGACCUCACACGGUUAUUUGGAAGGAUCUUCGAGCACGAUGAUACGGACAGUAACAGAGAUCCCGGAGGAAAAUUGGACAAAGGAUUCGCAAAAACUCUUUCUCUGUGGGAAUCUUUAUAUGAUUUGCCAUACGAGAAGGCAGGGUGCAUGUAUAGAGGGGAGCCGCCAGCAGCGAUUUCGGGAACGAUUGCUUAUGAUCCCACCAAGCUCGCGAGUCUCUCUUGCAGAACCAAGGUUUCACUGAAAGCCAGGAACACUAUCCAGGUUCGUCUCUCCGUGCGAGGUUCCAAAGGUUUACCGCAGGAUGGCAGCGUCUCUUUCGUUUUCAGCAUGCUAAAGCAAACAAGUUUUGAGCUCCAUAGCAAAAAGCGCGAAGGCUCAUCGCCGAGGAAUGUAGUUUCGUCCAUGACACCCGAGCUAUCCACCGAGGGGCUUGUGAUCACAGCUCGGCAGAAGGGGAUGUUCACGUCCAAAACGCUGGGACGACUCGUCAUUCCGUGGAAAAACCUCAGCGAUUCCGAGACGCAGUCGCUUGGCGGCUGGUUUCCAAUGCAAGACACAAAGAAGGACCGAGAAGUGUCGGUGCUGGUUUAUAUCUCCGCUACUCCUCCGGUCACUGCGAAUUAUCUCUUGAGAAGCGUGAGAGUGAGAGACACUGGAGAAGAUGGAGCCACUCGCAGCAGUUUUAGUUCUCAAGGCGUGUGGAUAACAAGGACUGUCUUCGAUCAUGCCAACAAGGAAUGUUUCGUCAUUCGUUGCCGAUACAAACGUGAAGGAGGUAAACGUCUCGCAGACGCUGAUAAAGUCGUGAAUGUUCAUCGGACAUACAAAGGCUCCCACUCCGUUGAUGGUGAGGUUCUUGGAUCUGCAAGGCAGCUCGAGAGACCAUCCAAGGACUCACGAAGGUGGUCUCUUCUGGACGAUGCCAUAGUUUUAGUCGUGGAAAAGGACGCGAGUGACAAGCAGUGGAACACGAGACCAGGAAUGAGCUUGAAUAUGGAGAUUAAGUCCGAGGACUGUCCAAUCGCGCUUCUUCCCGGUCGGCACUUGGAGUUUUCUGUGCCUGGAUCAUCGGACCAAAUGGAAGCAUGCUUUGUGACAAUGGUGAGAUUCACAAGCGACGCACCUCAAGGGAAAGCAACAGCGCUCAUCAACUGGCGCUCCGGUGGCAUGGAGAUUGAUCCCAACGAGGAUGUGCUACUUGUGCUCCUUUUUUCCGCAACCAUAAGCAUGUCCGUGUCUGAUAUUCUUGGCAAAGGAAUUCCUCCGUGGGCAAAACCAAGAGCUUUGGAAGAAGAUCAAGAUCACUGGGGUGCCGUGAAGAUCGACCAUGAUGGUCUUGGUGGUGAAAUCUAUUCUUGGUACAAUGAUGGUUUCUCCUAUGUUGGUGGCUGUGGUAUUAGUGCUGGCGGCGGUUGUGGUGGUGGUGGCUGUGGCGGUGGUGCCAGUUCAUGA